AUGUCCCCAUCUCUCUACUUGCGGUCUUGCCGGCAAAAUAUUGAACUUAAUGAUUGUUGUUAUUGCCUUGUUAGCUUAAUAAUUGUUGUUAUUGCCUUGCUGGGCCUUAUCAACCAAAACUUGCUGAGUAUCCUAAGACACAGGGAAAAUCUCAGUCUUGUCGCUUUUCAGGCAAAAUGGUUCAACCAGUUUUUGUGGUUAGAGUAUUCACCUAUGACAAAUAGGGCAUAUUGUUUCUAUUGUUAUCUUUUUCGGAAUGAUGGUAAUUCGUCUAAUUGUUCGGCAUUGGUAAUUUCUGGAUAUAACCAAUGGAAAAGGCUUAAUGACGGAUCAAAAUGCAUGUUUCUUACUCAUUUGCGAUCAUUGGAUCAUAAUAUUUGUGAGAGAAGAGCUGAAAAUUUAAUGAAACCGUCUCAACAUAUUGAUAAAGUGAUGCAUACCAUAUCGAAUGAAGAAGUUGAGAAACGUUGUUUACGUUUAAAGAGUUCAAUUCGAAGUGCUCGAUGGCUAGCAUUUCAAAGGCGUUCCUUCAGAGGUCAUGAUGAAUCUGAAUCUUCAUUGAAUCAUGGAAAUUUUCUUGAAAUGAUAAAAAUUUUGGCAGAAACGAAUACAGAAAUUGAUAAAGUUGUGAUGAAAAAUGCUCCAAAAAAUGCCCAAGACAUUGCUUCAAGUAUUCAAAAAGAAAUCUUACACAUAAUGGCAAAUAGAGUAAGAAGGAUGAUUCAUGCAGAAAUUGGGGAUGGAUACUUUUGUAUUCUUGUUGAUGAAGCAUAA